AUGAGAAGAGCCGAAAGCGUUGCUUCAGCAGCUAAACUGAUUGCUUUGGUUGUAUUGAUUCUUACAACUGCCAAUAUGCUGGCAUUGCGGUCAUUUUUCUGCUUGCCUAUGCCUGGCGAUGGUUAUGAUGAGUACCCAGGGAGGCCUGUUGAAGCUUCCGGCAAAGAAGGCGCUAAAAAACAAAAUAUUGAUGUAUCCAUCGAGGGCAUAGAUCCCUUUUACACGAGUGAUGAAACACUGGAAUCGAUAACAAGAAGCAAGCAAGCCAGCGGACAAACAACUUCCUCUUUAUCAAACGGAUCGUACACUCGGUCUAUGGUCGUUGUACGGGCCAUCGGGAAUCCUCUUUCCUCGACCAACUCAUCGAACAAACCACUACGGAUUCUCGAAUAUAUUCUUGAAAAUGAGCCUGCCUUUCCCAAUACAACCCGUCAUUGGUUUUUGAAUCGAAUUACUGAUGCACAGGUCGAGAAGGCAAUCGUGCAACGCUUAAAGUCUUCUAAUGAAACGUACACCAUCAUCCCCUUUUCGCUUCGCGAAUACGACAACGUUUUGUAUUCUUUCGACAGUAAGGAUACAAUUCAUUCGAAGCACUAUAUCAAACGCUCGGCGGAAGAAAAGGCUGCGACGCUUGUUGAAGAAACUGUGCAACAAAGCAAAAUACGAUAUGUUGCCAACAUCAACGGCGCGAGAAAUGCCAUGCUACGCUACGGCAAAAAGAACAGCGCUGCGGAAUACAUUCUUCCAUGGGACGGACACUGUUUUCUCACGCGGGAAGCUUGGGAUGCAAUCCAGUUUUCUAUGCAAAAGUAUCCGGAAGCAAAAUACUUUACUUCACCCAUUCGUUUACACGAAGGAUCUAUCGAUGCCAAUGUCACAGAAGAGCCACAAAUUGCAUUUCAUCGUACAGCCCUGGCACAAUACAACGAAUAUCUUCGGUUCGGCCGCCGCGACAAAGCAGAGUUAUUGACCCGGAUUGGUGUCAAAGGACAAUGGGACGAGGGCAUUCCCUGGGAAGACUGGGAACUUGACUUCGUAGAACGUGAGCAAGCAGCCGAUUCCGUUAGCGGUGUUCCAGAUGCGGGUUGGGCUGCUUGUGUGCAUUCUGGAAUUGAAAAUGGCGGCAAACUAGGAACAAAAAUACUAAAACUGAACCGACGCGGUCAUAACCUAUCUGCUCAGUUGGUUAGGUUGGAUAUCCGAGCGUCACAGGAGCUUCAUGGGCUCUCAUCUUCAACACUGUUGUACUACAAGGAGAGCCAACUGGCAGAGGAGAGGGAGCUUUGGAAAGCAGGCAAGCGAUUGCCCCUUGUGAAAGAGCUUUUGGAAUUGGCAAAUAAAGCAUUGUCGUUCGGACCAUGGUCAGUAAUGGACAAGCGCGGUUUCGGUUGCGGCGUUUCCGGUGACUGUCACGAUUACUUCCAUGUGGCGCCAUAUCAAUGGCCUACGUUGAACAGUACAGGAUAUACGGACUACUCGAAACCAUUUGUUCUACGAGAUGGUGAGCGUGCGCCUGGAACCGUCGCAUUUAGUGAAGGGAGCGAAAAAUAUGAUCGGACAAAAUUGCUGGCAAUGAAGUUUAACACUACUGUCUUGGCCUUGGCGUACUCGGUAACUGGAAACAUUACGUAUGCCCGCCGGGCAGCGGAGAACCUCAGACAUUGGUUCAUCUACAAUGAGACAAGAAUGAAUGCAAACAUCAACUUUGCACAGAUUAAAUGGGACGUAGAAAAACGAGAAAUGUUUGGGUCUCCGUGUGGCUUAAUCGAAAUGAAGGAUCUAUAUUUCUUUUUGGAUGGGGUGAAACUCAUUGAGAAGUCUGGCGCGCUAUCUGAAUCUGAGAUUGAUCAGCUACGCAAUUGGUUUGCAAACUAUCUUCAGUGGUUGCUUUCCAGUGAACAGGGUAGGUGGCAGAUUUCUGCCAACAACAAUCACGGUCUGUUUUACGAUGUUCAAGUUGCGCCACUUGCUCUGUAUGCUGGUAAUCUACCUCUGGCAAUUUCGCGAAUGCAACGGUCGAUUUCGCGCAUUCGACGACAGAUGAAUGCCACCACGGGAGCCCUACCACACGAAUUGAGACGGCCAAUAUGCGAACACUACCAGGCAUUUACGCUCCAGGGAUGGAUCACAAUGGCAAGAAUGGCGGAAAAGAUCGGUUUGAACUACUGGAAACGAUUUGCAGAUUCAGAUGCCCCAAACAAAGAGACGGCCCUUUGUCGAGCAGUGCGCUAUGCAAACCCGUAUCUAAGUCGUCGCGCCGUAUGUCCCGGCAAUAUUGACGGUAUCGACGCGCGGCGCUGGCAACCAAUACUUUUGGACGCACUGCACCACUGUCCUAUGCUAGACUACAAAUCGACGUCCGGACAAAACAACGUCCUGAUCCCCCCUGAACUGAUAGAUCCGCCUUUGAAUCACUACGAGAUUACUGGAUUGUUCAAUAUGUCGGACGGGAUAGGACCUUUCUGGAACUUGGGACUGUACUAG